CUGGAAGGAGGCUUUUGCCGGUCGAAGGACGGGCAGCGGAGAAGUGCUAGUGGAGUUCGCGCACUGCAGUUCGAGUUUACGCCCUUCGGAAAAAGAGACGCGGAAGCCAGUUCCCUUAUCUCCCACUUUUCUUGCGGAUAACGCGCCUCGAGUGCCAAACCGGCGACGGGAUAUCGAGAUGUGAGCUAAGUGGAGCGCAGUGCGCGGGUCUCUAUCGCCCCGUUCGCGAUGUGCUGCAGCAGCAGCGGAGGCGACGGUGUGGUGCCAGCGACGCGAGCGGUGUGUUUUCAUGCCAACCCUUCGUUCGAUGCGUCGAAGAAGCAACGCUACCGUGACGAAUAACGGCCAGCAUUGAACGGCGAAGGUCGUCGCGGCAACGUGUUCUGUGUCCGCAGAUACCUCUCCUGGGGCGAGCUCGGUGCUAUCGCUCGUUGCAGUCGUUGUGGGACGCCGGCCGCUGGAGCAGCGUACUCGUAUGGCGAUUUCGGGCCCAGGGUUCUGAGCUCUCCGUGGGUUAGGGUUAGGGCUCUCAGAAGGAUCUUGCCCUGCACUUCAUCGCUGUGUGUUUUUUUUUUCUACUUCGCUCCACGUUCGAGAGCCUGCACUCUGCGUAUAACUGAAGCGAGCUCGGAAACUCGAGUGCGCGAUCAUCAAACGGCUCAUCUUGUGAAACCAGUGCCGUGUCGACUCCCUGCCACACUGCUUUUGCUGCUUUCUGGUGCGAACUUUCGGGAGGGGAAUGCGGGUUGUGCCGGUGUUUUGUUGUGAUCACGUUGCCUACCCGGGUGCGUCGGCUUUGAACACAGCAAUCGGAUCUCGGAGGGGCUCUUGGUUCGAUGCCCGCACUGCAGAGACAGCGAACCACCACCCGAAAUGAGUUUGCGGGGAGCACCGACGCAACCUGGGAAAAUGGAAGUUGAAUGGGAUCCCCAUCAGCUCCGCUUGGAGAGCACAGCACCAUGCCGGCGAGCCAGGACGCUCCACCGCCGGAGCCGCCGUUAAUGCACACCUACCCAAAUAGCUCAGCAGCCAGCAUACUCCAGUCCGUGAAAGAACAGGAGGCCCAGUUUGAGUUGCUCACAAGGCAGCUGGAAGCAGAGCGCCAGACUGUUGCCACACAACUCGAAAAAAUAAAACUUAGGGACCGGGACGACGCAGUGAGCGUGUCUAGCGUCUCGGUGAGUGGGUCUGCCGAGGAGCCACCGUACGCUUGGAGGCCCCCGCCUCCCCAGGUUGGCAGCUUUGGAGGUGACGACAGGGAGACACGGCCCAAGAUGACCGACUCACACCUCAUCAUUAACCGAAAGACGGAAUCCAAAGAGGAAGAGCACCUCGUGCGCACUGAGCUCGUCGAGAAAGUGCAGAGGCGCUACUAUCCUGAUCAAACAACUACAGAGUAUCAUCGCUACAUGCAAGAUGGCAGCUCACCGCAGGUGCAGGAGUCCUACUCGAUGAACUACCACAGUACAACGUCGACCAACGGUCACCAAGUGGGCGAUGGCGAGCACUCGCCAAACUCAUCCAAGCUGGCAGUGCCGGGCGAGAAUUCCCAGCUUGUCAGCCGAACAACGCAGCAGACCAAGACACAACAGGUCAAGACGGUCACAAAGGUCAUAAAGACGAGGGAAGUCCGUCACGUGGGUCCCGACGGUCAACCGCUGGAGUACAACCCGUACGGAACGCACGGCAUGCCCAUGGCAGGCUCUGACUACGUCACAUAUCCCUACACGGGUGCCACUGACAACUCCCAUGGCUAUGGUAGCUACGAUACAGGCGAGCCCCCUAGUCCAGCCAGUCAGGUGGCGCCCCCGCACGCCGCCUAUCCCCAGGACUAUGCCACUUACGGCUCCUAUUUGCGCGACUACGACUACGGCGGCUACCCCGGACAAGCGCCUACACCUCCUUCGGUCACGUCGGAGUCACCCUUGCCCCCCUCGCAUAUGGCUGUGCCCCAGGCCGCAUCGUCUCGAAGUAUGAUGUCACCCCUCAUGGUUGCCCCUGAUGGUUACACCCAUGGAAAUUCGGGUUACGAUGAACUUGACCCCCAACCUCCAAGGGGCGGCGUGGAGUAUGCACCGGACUGCUACAGGAGUACACCUUCACCGGCACCUCAUCCGGAUCGCUACGGCACCUAUGGCUACUUGGGUGCGCCCGGUGCGAGCUCCCCCGGCUACAGCCCGGGCUACGAAGGUGCACCCCCGCCGCAGGGGUACCUCGACCGCAGGCCAAGCUAUGACGAACACCAGGCGGGUCCCCCAGGUGGAGCGAGGGGCCCCUAUGGGGCAGCUCCCCCACGGGCCCUCUUCGAGGAGGAGGAAGAGGAGGCCAGCCCUGCACCCCCACCCCUGGAAGGACAGCUUCCCCCCAGGCCACCUUACGUGGGACCCCCUCUUGAUGGUUCUGACCCCAGAGGUGGCGGGGACGUACGGUGGCGAGACCCUGACCUGCACGAGGUCAUAGAGUUCCUGGGCCACCCCAACAGUGUGGUGCGUGCCAAUGCGGCGGCCUACCUGCAACACCUCUGUUACAUGGACAAUGGCAUGAAGCAGAAAACGAGAGCUUUGGGAGGCAUCCCACUCUUGAUAGAACUUCUGAACCAAGACUUCCCAGAAAUUCAAAGGAAUGCCUGCGGUGCUCUCAGGAACCUCUCCUAUGGCCGACAAAACGACGAAAACAAGCGAGCCAUCCGCAAUGCGGGUGGCAUACCGGCCCUCGUGCGUCUACUGCGAAAGACGCCCGACAAUGAAAUCCGCGAGCUGGUGACCGGGGUCUUGUGGAACCUCUCUUCAUGCGAGGAGCUGAAGAGGCCGAUCAUCGACGAUGCCCUCCAAGUGCUGGUGAACCACGUGAUCAUCCCCUUGUCCGGCUGGGACCGCAACCGCGACAGGGGCGACCACACGAAGCCCCAGGAGAUCUACUGGACCAUCGUCUUUCGCAAUGCCAAUGGAGUCUUGCGAAAUGUGAGCUCCGCUGGGGAGUAUGCGCGGCGGAAGCUUCGAGAGUGCGAGGGCCUCUGCGAUGCCCUUCUCCACCUGAUGCGGACGGCGGUGCGCAAGAAUGACAUGGACAACAAGAGCGUGGAAAACUGCGUCUGCACGUUGCGUAACCUGUCCUACCGGCUGCAGGAAGUUGAGGACCCCGAGUACGACAAGCACGCACCGGCGCCGACACCGUCGCGUGCCACGGGUGCUGCCAUCAAAGUGGGCGACAGCUUGGGCUGUUUUGGGGCCAAGAAGAAGAAAGAAGCCCUGGAGAAGCAAAAGAAGGAGUCCUCCGGAUCGGCUCUGGCAUCUGCUUCGGCCAGCACAUCUCCACGGCCGCAGUCGGAUCCCCCGUCUGGCAUGGAACUCCUCUGGCAGCCGGAGGUUGUGCAGCCAUAUUUGGCGCUGCUGUCUGAGUGCUCUAAUCCAGAGACGCUAGAGGCAGCAGCGGGUGCCAUCCAGAACCUGGCCGCCUGCUACUGGCAGCCAAGCAUAGACAUCAGGGCAGCUGUGAGGAAAGAUCGGGGCCUGCCCGUCUUGGUGGAACUGCUCCGGAUGGAAGUGGACAGGGUGGUCUGUGCGGUGGCCACGGCACUGCGAAACCUAGCCAUGGAUCAGCGGAACAAGGAGCUGAUCGGCAAAUACGCCAUGAGCGAUCUGGUCCAGAAGCUGCCCAACGGCAACCCGCAGCACGACGUGGGCACCUCCGACGACACAAUUGCGGCUGUGCUUGCUACACUCAACGAAGUGAUUGUGCGAAACAGUGACUUUGCACGCUCACUUUUAGAGGCUGGCGGUGUCACGCGGCUAACCUACAUCACCAAGCAGAAGGGCCGCUUCUCAGCCCGUGUCGUCAAGUUCACGUCUCAGCUUCUGUACAACUUGUGGCAGCACGUGGAGCUGCGGGAAGUCUACAAGAAUGCCGGCUGGCGCGAGUACCACUUCCUCACGCGGACACUCGUGGCACGCAACUCCUCGUCAUCGCCCCCAUCAAGCGCCAACAACACGCUAAGCCGGCCAAUCAGCUCGCAAGGUGGCACCCGCUACGAGGACCGCACGCUGCCCCGUGUGGCCCGAGAGCUUAACAGCGGACAGCCCCCUGUGAGCAUGCCAUACAGUCGGUCGGAGGAGCUUCCUCUGAGCGAACUCAGCCAUGGCGGUGGCGCCGCCGAGGGUCAGCCGGGUUCUCCGCAACCUGCGCAACCGCAGCAGCCAACAAUGCACCGCCCGCCCGUUGGUGGCGUCCCGAUUUUCCCACCAGGCCCCCAGCAGCAGCAGCAGCAGCAGCCGCCUAUGAGGUCUCCGCCUGAGCCCGUGUACGCCCAGGUGAACAAGAAGAAGGACCGGUAUCCGAGCGAUCAGGGGCCCCAGUACCUCGCGCUUGACAGCCAGGCAUCCCAGCCCGCCGGAGACUCCUGGGUGUGAGAGGCGAUGCUGCGGCCACCGCGACUCGGCAGCGGCUCCUCUUUUCUUGUUUCGCCGUGUUUUGGGACGUUUUCACACGCCAAGGACGACAUGGGAGGGAAAAGGAGGGAGAGCAGAAGAAGAUUGUGCACUAGCCUGAGGAAGCCAGCAGUGUGGUUAUUUUUUUUUUUUUUUUUUACUUUCUCGUUUGUUUUCUUGUUUUUUACUGCUGUGAUUUCUGGUUUUGUCUUUUCAAUCAUUACGAAUUAUAUCGAAUUUUAUGAGAAUUUUGUGCAUGUGUUAUGCACAGGUCGGGGCAGCCAAGGUCUCCACCACACCCCCCCUGGGUUUUCCAGGGCUGUGGUGGCCGUGUUUGUGUGUGGGAAAGCUCGAAGCCAAAGCCAGUUCCUCAUUUUACUCUCUCGCUUGCCAGCGACAAAUCGGCAUCUCCGAAAGAGUGUGUGUGUGUGUGUUUAUUUUUUUUAUUUUUUCUUCUAUCACACGUCAAGGUUUCACAUUGAGCAGGGCACUGGGAUCUCCUGCAGAGAGAUGCGUGUUCUCCCUCCCUCUUCUGCCUUUUUACACAGGUAGCAGUUGUUGACGGGAACGAAAAGAAAAGGAAGACAGGAGAACGGACGCCAUGGAGGUGCUCUCUGACUGUGUGCGUACAGGCGGUGAAGUGGCAUGACACGCCACCUGCCGAACCUGUUAGAGGAGCAGAAAAAGGAAAACACAGGGCUGAAUUGUGAAAAGGAAACAAGGAAGUCAAGACCAGGUCUCCCCAUCUCUAGAAACAUUGUUUUCUGCCCCCCACAUGCUGCGUGGGGGGGCAGGAAGUCCUAACGCCAUCUCGUGAGCAGAAGCGAGUCGCUGUUCGCAAUCAAGACAGUCGACACGAAAGCAGAAGAAAAAAUAGGCGGUGCAUUCCCCUCUGUUAGUAGAGUAUGCGAAGAGGGGGGACGGGGGGGGGGGUCAGGUAUAUAUAUACCAGGGAAAUGGGAAAGCAAUUUUUUUCCCCAUUGCCAUUUACUACUCAAACGCUUACUACUACGAGUACACUCUAUCAUCAUACUACACUGUACUACUCCUGAUCCUGCCAGUGCCAACAAGAGUGUUUUUUGCCGUGGCUUGCGGUAAUUUGACUUUUCGUUUAGUUUUGGUCCACCGCAUUGUGUGUCUUCACACCUCGUCCCGUCCUGUCCCGUUCUACCCCACCCAGUUCUCUUGCUACCCGUUUCUCUGCUUCGACAUUAGGUUUAACAUUUUUUAAAGAAUUCUUUACCGUGGCAGCUCUCGGUUCUACUGUUUCAGUAAUUGGGUCCUUCCAUCGUUGCACACGCCUGCGCGUGUGUGCCUCUCUCUCUCUUUCUUCUGAACAUGAACUUCACACGGAAACUUUGCUCAAGUGUCGCAGGGAUAUCUUGCGUUGCAUUUCUUGGGUUGUGCCGACGAUCGAGGCAGGAUGAAUGGAUGUCGUAGACGAAAAGCGUGCUUCUCUGUGCCGCUGCUGCGGUGACUCCCGUCGCAAACAAACAAUGUCCGGCGUAACGGUGUCCACAGGGACAAAUGGCUCGGGUAGCAUUGCACUGUGUUUUAGGGUGCGACGUUGGGGACGCUGGUGCUGAGUCGGGAAGCAAAGGCGGCCCUGGUAGACAAGUCCACGACAAGCAAGCGGAGCAGCCAGCCACUGCGUUCAUCUGGUUGUUGUUGUCUUUUAUGGCCUGGGCUGCGAGGAGCAAAAUAAAACAAACAAAGCAAAAAAGUACCACAACUUCCAGAGCCUGCACUUUUUGCCAUUUUCGGAGCUGUUUUUGCCUCCGCCAUUCCAGCAGCUGAGCUUUUUUGAGCAACGGUCCUCUCGAUUUUUUUUUUCUCCCCCCUCCACUUGUUGAUGUUUGCUUUCCUGUCCUCAUUGCCACAUAGUACUUGCAUUUGUUUGUUUCAUAGGCAGCGCAGAUCUACUUAAGCACCAGUCAUGCGUUGUGCAUUACACUUGCGUUCUUUGUUACGGUGCAUUUGGCUAGCGUGCAAACGAGUCUUGUGUCAUUAUGUAGGUAUACUCGUGUGCAUUCUUUGGACAGUAUUUAAAUACUUUUUUAGCAAGUUUUAUUUUGGCAGAAAGAAUAGUUUUCAUUUAGCUUUUUGUUAUUAUUAUUAUUAUUGACAUUACGCUAGGCACUACGUUUCCCCGCCAUUCUGCCAGUGUCUCAUGCUGUACAGUUAUGAACCUCACCACUGUUUUCUCGAGAACAGCUGUGUGCAUUGCUUUGUCUCUGUAUUCAGCCAGUGUGCUUGUCUGUGCAAAGGUUUUCACAUUCCAUUCUGAUUUUAGUGAGGUCGCUAAAGGGAGCUUUCUUUUAUCGAUGGAUGAACUGUAAUGGAGGCAGCCUUUCCUUGAUUCUCGUGAACAUAGGCAACUUUUUAUAAUGACGUAUUGUGUAACUUUUACAUUAUAUACCUUUUUUUUUUCAAGUGACUAGUGUACAUUUUUUGGUUGUGUAAGAUGUAUCUGACAUGAACUGUAACAUCUGAAAUAAAGGUGAUUUUGAGGACCAA